CGCUAUUCUCUUCGGAGGUUCCGCUCCAGUGGACGAAGUAACGAAGCGGAGAAGCUGAGCUCGCUUCACCAUGGAGAGCUUCGCAAUCUACUCUCCAUCCACCACCUUCGUCCCUUCUUCGUCUCGCUUAUCUCUUUCCCGAAGAUCUGUCUCUUCGUUUAGUAAAUCUCCAGUCAUCACAAAUCGACCAAUCGAACCUCUUGGAUCUUACUCUUCUUCUUCGUCACUUAUCUUUGGUUCUCACUCUCGAUUCUCUCUCUUGACCCCCAAAUCAUUCGCUCUUGCUUUGAAGAAAUACAGACCUCAGACGUUUAUUCAAGCCUCUUCGAGCUCGGAUGACAAGGUAAAGAGCUCUGGUUUUGCUCCUCAAGGAGCGAAGCUCCUCCCCUUUGUGCUCUCAGUUGGCAUUGGAGUGAUUGUUCGGUUCUUCGUUCCGAAACCUGUCGAAGUCUCUCCACAAGCAUGGCAAUUGCUUGCGAUCUUCUUGUCGACGAUAGCAGGACUUGUGCUGAGUCCUCUGCCCGUUGGUGCUUGGGCUUUCCUCGGUCUCACAACCUCAAUUGUUACCAAAACGCUUACUUUCUCGACUGCCUUUUCGGCUUUCACGAGCGACGUGAUUUGGUUGAUCGUUAUCUCGUUUUUCUUUGCCCGCGGGUUCGUGAAGACGGGACUUGGGGAUCGAAUUGCCACUUACUUUGUCAAGUGGCUGGGGAAGAGUACUUUGGGAUUAUCUUAUGGGUUGACCCUUAGUGAAGCGCUCAUUGCUCCGGCAAUGCCGAGUACGACUGCGAGAGCUGGGGGCGUUUUCUUGUCAAUUAUUCAGUCGCUUUCGCUUUCUGCUGGAAGCAGGCCUGGUGAUCCUUCGUCAAAGAAGCUUGGCUCCUAUCUGAUUCAGUCCCAGUUCCAGUCCGCUGGUAACUCAAGUGCUCUUUUCCUAACUGCUGCAGCUCAAAACCUGCUCUGCCUCCGGUUAGCUGAGGAACUUGGGGUCAAAAUUGCCAGGCCGUGGCUUUCCUGGUUCAAGGCUGCUAGUUUGCCUGCAUUUGUUUCUCUUCUAGCCACUCCAUAUAUCCUGUAUAAGCUCUAUCCUCCUGAAACUAAGGACACACCAGAAGCCCCUGCCAUGGCUACAAAGAAAUUGGAGCAGAUGGGUCCUGUCACAAGAAAUGAAUGGGUGAUGGUUGGUACAAUGAUUCUUGCUGUCUCAUUGUGGGUCUUUGGGGAGACUCUUGGGAUUGCAAGUGUUGUUACUGCAAUGCUUGGUUUAUCCAUACUCCUGCUGUUGGGAGUCCUGGAUUGGGAUGAUUGCUUAAGUGAAAAGUCAGCUUGGGAUACUUUGGCAUGGUUUGCAGUUCUGGUAGGCAUGGCAGGUCAACUGACAAGCCUUGGUAUUGUAAUGUGGAUGUCUGAGUGUGUGGCCAAAUCUCUUCAAUCUUUGUCAUUGAGCUGGCCUGUCGCAUUUGGUGUUCUUCAGGGUGCUUAUUUCUUCAUUCACUAUUUAUUUGCAAGUCAGACAGGUCAUGUAGGCGCUUUGUUCUCUGCAUUUCUUGCCAUGCAUUUGGCAUCCGGAGUUCCCGGUGUUUUGGCAGCACUGGCUUUGGCAUACAACACAAACCUAUUUGGUGCACUAACACAUUAUAGCAGUGGUCAGGCUGCAGUAUAUUAUGGAGCGGGCUAUGUAGACCUACCUGAUGUUUUCAAACUGGGCUUUAUCAUGGCCCUCAUUAAUGCUGCCAUCUGGGGAGUUGUUGGAGGUUUCUGGUGGAAAUUUUUGGGUCUCUACUGAGUUCCAGUUCUCAUGUAAGUAGGUAAUGAUAGGAUUGUUAUUAUUUUUAACUUUUUGACUUGAUGCUUCUGUUCAGGGGCAUGAUUUUGAACUCUCCUUUUUUCUCUUGGAUAAAAUUCAUCAAUUAUUUUUCAACUGUAAAACUCGAGUUCCUAUUGGCACUUCACUGAUGUAGUAGUGGGUAUUGGAAUAGAUUAAAUGCCCUUAUAAACAUUUUUACUUAGAGUAUGUUAAUUUGUUUUUCAUAUUCAAAUGUAUCCUGAGAACCUUGAGAACAUUGAUGGAAAUGUGAUAUGAUGAUCCAAGCAAGAUCCAGAAAUUAUUCUCGCCUAA